UGGUUAUAGCAUUCUUUAUUAUGGGCGGAAGCUUUGACUGCGGAGUUAAUUUGAUCUCCAUUACACUCCUCCUGAGUUGUCUGCUACACGCAAAUUACAGCGCUGAACAUUAUCGAAGAUGAGAUUUAGAUUCUGUGGGGACUUGGACUGCCCAGACUGGGUUCUUGCUGAAAUCACCAUUCUAGCCAAACUGACCUCAGUCAAAAUGAAAAUGCUGUGUGUUCAAGUUCUGAAGAGCAUGGUUGGCAACCAAAUUGAUUAUGAAAAGCUGUACAAAUUGACAUCGGAUGCGAAAUUUGAAAUGGGAGAUGUAAAAGCCAGUAUUGCAGCUCUUUCUUUCAUCUUUUCAAAUGCGGCUAAGUAUGGAUGUGAUGAUGAAACUUUGUCCAAUGAAUUGCAACAGCUUGGUCUUCCAAAAGAACAUGCUACCUCACUCUGUCGUUCAUAUUCUGAUUCUGUGGAAAAACUGCAGGCAGAAUUUCGCCGUCAGAGUUUUCGUGUGUCAAAAUUGGAGUCAGUGCAAUGGAGAGUAGACUAUAUAUUGAGUUCAAGUGAACUAAAGGAAGUUAAUGAACCUAGUCUACAACUUAAGCUGCAGAUAAAAGAUCCUGACACAGAAAAAAUUAGACCUGUAGCUUUCACUCUCACUGCCAACAAAUUUAGAGUCCUCCUCAGUGAGCUUAAGCAAGCAAAUUCUCUGAUGGAAGACUUAAAAUCGUAGCUUAAGUACCUACAUAUACAUUUCUACUUCUUUAUGUGUGUGUGUGUGAGAGAGAGAGAAAGAGUGUGUGUAGGGGUAGAAACAUGUACUUAUGUAUCAGAAUCAUGUAACUUAGCUUUUAAAAUAUUUAAAAUGGGUUAGACAUUCCAUAAGUGGAAAUUUUUGAUGAAACUUUCACAUUGUUACAAGGAAAAAACUGUUUCUGACCAAGGUAUUGACUGUAAAAAGUUGUGCAAGACUUGCAUGUGUAUAGAAGUGUAUUCAUGUUCUCUGCAUUGAAUAUUAGGUGAAUAAAUGUUGGUUCACACAUCA